CAUCCCUCCAGCCCGGCGGCGGCGGCGGCGUCUCGGGGUCUGGACGCUGAUGCCACCGGUCGGCCGGGUAUGGAGGCGGCGCGCUGCGCACCGGGACCCCGCGGGGACAGCAUCUCCCAAUACUUCCUCAUGGCACACCAAGUCGUUCAGCUCCCUCGUGGCGCCUUCACCCCGUGUAUUUCUCCCGUUUGGCAGCCAGGUGCCUUCGAAGAUGAGACCCUGAGGCUUCGGCAGCUGAAGCUGGACAAUCAGAGGGCACUGCUGGAGAAGAAGCAGAGAAAGAAACGCCUUGAGCCACUCAUGGUGCAGCCAAACCCAGAAGCCAGGCUGCGAAGGUUAAAGCCAAGAGGUAGCGAGGAGCACACGCCUCUGGUGGACCCUCAGACACCACGCAGCGAUGUCAUCCUGCAUGGCAUCGAUGGUCCAGCCGCGUUCCUGAAGCCAGAGGCUCAGGAUCUGGAAGGCAAGCCUCACGUCCUCUCAGUGGGCUCCCCUCCCCCAGAAGAAGGCACCGAAGGAAGUGCAGAUGGGGACAGCCCCGUGGAGACAGCCUCCAAGCCAGACCUUCAGGAGAUUCUCCAAAAACACGGCAUCUUGAGCAGUGUGAACUAUGACGAGGAGCCUGACAAGGAGGAAGAUGAGGGGGAGACCCUCAGCUCGCCAUCGGCUUGUUCAGAGAAGGAGAGUUCUGCAGCCAGCCAGAGAGCAGCCUCGGAGACAGGAGCUUCUGGUGUGACAGCCCAGCAGGGUGAUGCCCUGCUCGGAGAAGUGGAGAACUUAGAGGACUUUGCGUAUAGUCCUGCCCCUCGGGGCGUCACGGUGAAGUGUAGAGUGACCAGGGAUAAGAAAGGCAUGGACCGCGGCCUCUUCCCCACCUACUACAUGCACCUGGAGAAGGAGGAGAACCGCAAGAUAUUUCUUCUAGCGGGUAGGAAGCGGAAAAAGAGUAAAACGUCCAACUACCUGGUCUCCACAGACCCGACAGAUUUGUCCCGCGAAGGGGAAAGUUACAUCGGCAAACUCAGAUCCAACCUCAUGGGGACCAAGUUCACGGUGUACGACCAUGGCGUCAACCCUGUCAAGGCCCAGGGCCUGGUGGAGAAGGCGCACACCCGCCAGGAGCUGGCUGCCAUCUGUUACGAAACAAAUGUACUCGGUUUCAAAGGUCCUAGGAAAAUGUCUGUGAUCAUUCCAGGGAUGAAUAUGAAUCACGAACGCAUCCCAUUUCGGCCGAGAAAUGAACACGAGAGCUUGCUUUCAAAAUGGCAGAACAAAUCCAUGGAGAACCUGAUCGAACUGCACAACAAGGCCCCCGUGUGGAAUGACGACACCCAGUCCUACGUCCUGAACUUUCACGGCAGAGUCACCCAGGCUUCUGUGAAGAACUUCCAGAUUGUCCACGGGAACGACCCCGACUACAUAGUCAUGCAGUUCGGGCGCGUGGCUGACGACGUGUUCACACUGGACUAUAACUACCCACUGUGUGCACUCCAGGCCUUUGCCAUCGGGCUGUCCAGCUUUGACAGCAAGCUGGCGUGUGAAUGAGAAGCGGCCAACAGGGGAUUUCUUCACCACAGAGCCUUCAGGAGCAGAAAGCCACGGUCCCUGUCCCUGUCCCAGCACAAGAAGAGCAACAUUCGGUCCCUCUGGGAAAUGACUGUGUGAGUGUGAGUGUGCAUGUGUGUGAGUGUGCGCACACGCGAACAUGUAUGUUUAUACAUGCAUACACAUACACACGUGGAUACAUGCUUCCACACACUCAUUCACACCUUCCCUUCUCUGAACUUCAGAGACCCGGUCACAGAUGACAGCUUCUCAUGGGUGAGAGAUAGUUUAAAGCACAGGGAAGUAGACACCCGGGCACACUGGUGUCUCCUGACUGCACAACAGAUUGUGUGUGGUGAGUGUAGCUUUGGUGUGUGCGGCACUUCCAACAGAAUCAGGUUCUAAUGACUAUAAACUUGGGCCUCCAUUUUGAAGAUCCUUUUAAAAGGGGGGCUGUCCCCUCGGAUGCCUUUAGCCCAGGAGCCUGCAGACUUUCUCAGCCCGUGGGCUGACGGCGUCUCUUGCACUGAGUCCACUUAGCUUCUUCAGCACAAAAACAGCCAUAACUAGUUGGUGCGCAGAGUGUAGCUGUGUCCCAAUAAAACUUUAUUGACAACGUGGGCAUUGGCCCAGUUUGGCCUGUGACUCUGGGUUGCAGGCCUGCCUUGGAUCAUGUCCCUUCCUCCAAGGCAGGAGCCUCUUCCAGGACAUCGGCGGAGAGGGCACGGUUUGCUCUUCAGGAGCAGCAAACUGGCGUUUUAUUUUUAUUUUUAUUUUAUUUUUCCAUGGAUCUCUGUGUAGCCCUGGCUGUCCUGGAACUUGUUCUAUAGACCAGGCUGGCCUCAGAGAUCCACCUGCCUCUGCCUCCCAAGUGCUGGGAUUAAAGGCUUGCACUACUGUGCCUGGCCACAGACUGACUCUUAAGAGGAAUUCUUGCCGAAUCCAUUUUUGGUAGCUUUUGCCAGAGAUUAUGACUAUCAUAUACCGUCUCGGGACGUGUGACACUAGUUUGUUCGUGGGUCUAAAAGGUUCUGCUGUCCCAGCCUCCCUCUUGCUUGUCUUCAGAGCAGGCUGGUGGGCAGCCUUCUUAGACAGAAGCGUGACUGGCCAGAUCUCUGGAACCUUUGCUCUCCAGCAUUUUAAUCUAGUGUCCUGUUAGAGGCAGCAGGCGUCCUGGUGAGAAGGCCGCCUCGAUGGCACUCACAGGCCCUGCCGGUCAGCUUUGUCCUCCAGCCUCGAAGCCCUGGCCCACACCGGUGCAGACACUGCCCUGCAUACUGAGGUUUUGAGAUCCUGAGCAUCUCCCAGCCAAUCAUGACAAAGUCCUCAAGGUCCUCAGCCUACGAUGUACCUGAACGUGACAAUUCAAAAACGUGGGGUCUACAUUCCGCGGGCCCCCCCACUCCCAAACUGCUUCCCCGCAUGGGUGAAGGGUCUUCAGCGCUCCUCCAUGGUUUUGCCUGUGCGGAGGAGGUCCCUUCAUCCCUGCAGCCUGUCGCUCGCUCCCUGCUCAGGGUCACGGCGGGCGUGAUGACAGUGGCGUGAGAUCUGGGAGGUGAGACCUGUGCUAAGCCAGUGGCUUGCCUGUCCCUUCAGAUGUCACUGUUUCUGCCUCAGGCAUGAAGGCCAUUAAGUGCCUUGUUCUUAGACGUGCUCCGAAACCUGACACACCUCGCUUCCCCCACAAGCCACCUGCUGAGCUGAAGGCUGCUCCCUUUGUCCCCACGUAAAGGGGCAGGGGCUCUGGGCCACCGGGUCUAACCUUUCCGUCCAGCUGAGAGAGCCUUAUGCUCCCAUUUCACGGACUCUGAGUGAGUGUGCAGGUUUUACAUGAAUCCUAUUUAUACCUUUUGUAUGCCAUAUAAAUAAAGAUAAUUUAUAUAAA